ACUAUACAAAGUUUGUGUUUUAAUGAAUAUUAUUUCUUACAUUUUCUCUAUUAUUUAACUCUUAAAUUAAAGUAAACAAUAUUGUAACACUUAAGUUAUGAUCACCUUCGUACUGCGGUAUCACAACAGCUAAGAACAGCUGUUUGUUGCUUCAUUGCUUCGCUCCAAAUUCAACCGUGUUGAACUUCAGCUCAGCUUUCAGCUUUCUUCGCUAGCUAACGAAUUUUCGCACGAUCGACGGGAGAUCGAGUGGGGAGGUCUUUGCCAGCAAAUCUUCGUUGCAUGAAAUGGUACUAAGACAUCACAAUUGGCGAAGAGGAUACUUUUUGAUAAAGUAAGUGCAUCGACAAUUGAACGAGAAGAUUACAACUAAGGCGGUUGUAACGAAUGAAAUUAGAGAUGCUGGACAACGGCGGAGAAACCGAUAAGCAGCAGUUUCAAAAGGCUCAAGAACAAUGGCUUGAGCAACAACGUAUUUUAAACCAGAGACGCCAGGAGCAGGAACAAUUAAAAGCCAAAUUGCAUCAAGAGCAGAUACAGCUAGCAGAAUGGCAAAAGCAACUGCAGCAACAGCAAAAUUUAAUACAACAGCAAGUACAACAGGUACAGACCAAAUUACCUAAAGAAGCGGUGCCGAGCAUUACUUUACUUUCAACGAUUGGAGCGCUGUCCGAAUUUAAUAUUGGUGAAGACUGGAAUCUUUAUCAAGAGCGUCUAGAACAGUAUUUUGUAGCGAAUCAAGUUUUGCAGGAACGUAAGGUAGCAGUAUUAAUUACUUUAGUGGGACAAGAGGCUUAUAAAAUUUUGAAGGAUCUUUGUGAUCCAGUGCUACCAGAAAGUAAAUCAUACGAAGAAUUGUGCGAAAUUUUAAAGAAACAGUUUGUCUCAAGAGUCUCGGUUUUCAAGGAGAGAAUCGAAUUUUACGAGUUAAAGCAAACAGAAAAGGAAUCAGUAAACGAGUGGUUUGCUCGUAUUAAAAACAAAGCUAUCAACUGCAAAUUUGGAAUGCAAUUGGAUGACAUAAUCAAGGACAGAUUCGUUACCGGGUUAAGUAAAGGUCAAAUUUUGGACAGAGUAUGCGAGGAAGAGCAUACAGCAACUCUACAGUCGGUUCUGGAGGUGGCAAGAAAGGAGGAGGCGGCAUUGGUUUCAUCGUCUAGUGCUAGUCUGAUGGAUGUAAACAAUUUGAACUCGGGGAAAGCAAAAUCGGCUCAGGUGACGUUCCAGACAAAUACGAAAAAGAAGAUGACAGAAAGUCAACACCAAGGGUCUAAAGAAGAACUGAAAUGCGUACAAGGCAGUGGAGUGUUGCAAAGUUUAAAUCAACAACCCGGGCAACCAAUUAAUAUGCAGAAUAAAAUGCUAGUUAUAAGUAUCAUGCCCUCGCAACCUGGUGAUUCAACGAAUUACAUAGACCCGAUACAAACAAUGCAAAACAAUCCUAUGUUAACUCAAAUGAAUCAGAUGGGACAAGGCAAUAUUCCUCCACAAAUGAAUCAAAUGGUGCCUGGGCAAAUGGGUCAAUUAGGCGCUGGACUGAUGCAACAAAAUAUGCAGAUUCAGAAUCAACUACCAGGUCAAAUGAAUAAUCAAAUUAUGGGACCAAUAGGCAAUAUACAGCUUACAACAGGCAGUAUGCCGCAACAGAUGAAUCAAAUUAGGCCUGAACAAUUAAGUUUGCAGCCGCAGUUAAAUCAUAUACAAAAAAAACCAGGUGAAAUGAUGAAUGCUGGAUUUCCUAGCCCACGAAGCGUUACGGUGACUCAAUUUCUGAGGCAGAAUUCGUUUCCUUUAACUCCAAGCCUAGCUGGUUUAGGAGCAUCAACGAGUAAUCAAACGAUAGCCUCACCCGCUCUAGUACCAUCACCAAGUCCUCAGCAUGAAAUCAUGACAGGACCAACUCGUUCUGUGAGUUCAAUAGUUGAAAUAAUUGACAUCAUGGCCGCAGAUGAUUCGCAAUGGAAGACGCCGGACUUUCGACAGCGCGUAGUCGCGAAAAUUGGUGAAGCAAUACAAAUGUCUGGUAUGCCAACAUCAAAAAGUAUUGAAAUGGAGAAUAAUGUCUUUCAAAAAGCUAAAUCUAAGGAAGAAUAUAUGGAUUUUGUUACCAGACUGAUUCUUCGCGCCACAGAAAUGAGUAAAAUACAAAGAAAACGAAUACGAAGAAGAAUGUUCAGACUAAACAAAAGGAACGUAAAAUCUUAAUAUAAGAUAUAAAACAUUAAUUUAA